AUGGCGGCUCAAAACAAGUUCACAACCUGUACCUUUAUCCUCAAGAAGUGUGACUUUUCUAGUGCUUCGCUCGCACCAACAUGUGUUAAGAACUUUUGUCAAGGAGAGCCAUACGGCUUUGGCUCUUGCACAGCGGACUUCACUGGCGUACCAGCAGAAUGCUGCUCGCAAAGCACGGUUGGCGAUGUAGCACAAUGCAUGGCCGACUUUCAGCAGCAACAGGGAUAUGGCAUCUUUGGCGAUGCUUGUCUCUCCGUUGAGAGAUAUGUGACCGAAUGCGAAAAUGCCAACUCCGGGUUUGACAACGCUUCCUUCAAGCAGCAGGCUGGGUGUCUUUGCUAUGACAGCAACGGCAACUAUGCUCCAGACACAUGGGAUAACGCGGUGGCCACUUGCGUAAGCACAGGAGAGAGCGCUCACCCGACCAUCUGGAGCGCUCUGCAAAAGAACUCCCAAGUGAUUGGUCUGUGUACCAAGUUUGCCGGUGCUGCUGCUCCAACCGGCCCCGCGACAACCGGUCCCAUCCCGACAGACACCACGGCGAGUUCCACUGCCACCGGUGAGGCACCUCCAGGAACGACAGCGGCCGACACGGCAAGCCAAACUGAGACAGGCUCAACUCCUGCUGGAACCACAGGCUCGAGCAACCAGACUCCAGCACCAUCCAGUGCAACUAGUAGCAGCGCGGCUGCGACAACCACAACGACCAGAUCUGCGGCGGCCAGAGUUGGAGAGAUGAGCUAUUCUCAAAUCAAGUGGGCAGCCGUAGGCCUUGGACUGAUGUUGCCCGCAUUUAUGGUGACAUUGUAA